AUGGCCUGCCUCAAACUCCCCCACCUCCGGCUCCCACCACCCCUCUCCUACAUCCCCCGCCCCGCCCUCCACCUCAUCACCCUCCUCAUCCUCAUCAACUGCCUCGUCUGGGCCGGCGUCGGCAUCACCCUGCACUACUUCCCCAAAAUGAUCUCGCCCGCCGUGCUCUCCUACACCCUCGGCCUCCGCCACGCCCUUGACGCCGACCACAUCAGCGCCAUCGACCUGAUGACGCGCCGCUUGAUUGCCUCGGGCCAGCGACCCGUAGCCGUCGGCACCUUUUUCAGCUUGGGUCACAGCACCAUUGUCAUCAUCACUUGUAUCGUGGUAGCUGCGACGAGCGGAGCGCUAAGAGACAGGUUUGAUGGGUUUCAGCGGGUGGGCGGCAUCAUUGGCACGUCUGUGAGCGCGGCCUUUUUGAUUAUCUUGGGAGUGGGGAACGGGUGGGUGUUGUAUAAGCUGGUGAAGCGGCUGAGGGUGGUGUUGAAGGAGCAGAGGGAGCGCAGAAGGAGGGUGGAGGAAGGAGAGGAUUUGCGAGCCGAGGAGGAGCAGGAGGCCAUGAAUAACUUGCAGUUGGAAGGGGCCGGGUUUCUGGCGAGGGUGUUUAGGAGGGUGUUUGCCAUUGUGGAUCGGCCGUGGAAGAUGUACCCGCUGGGUGUACUGUUUGGGCUGGGGUUCGAUACCAGUUCGGAGGUGGCCUUGCUGGGAAUUGCGAGCAUACAGGCGGUGCAGGGGACGAGUAUUUGGUUGAUUCUGAUUUUUCCGAUUUUGUUUACUGCCGGCAUGUGUAUGCUCGACACGACCGACGGCGCCCUGAUGAUGGCCCUGUACACAUCCAAGGCCUUCUCGAGAGACGUGGUGGCCAUCCUGUACUACUCGAUUGUGCUUACCGGCAUCACGGUCGUUGUGUCGGCCUUCAUUGGCGUCAUCCAGAUCCUGUCGCUUGCCUACAACGUGGCCGAGCCGACAGGUCGUUUCUGGGAUGGGGUUGAAGCGAUAGGCGAUCACUACGACGUUAUUGGCGGAUGCAUCUGCGGCUUGUUUGUCGUUGUCGGUCUGGCGUCGGUCAUCAUCUAUCGCCCCUGGAGGAAAAAGAUGGAGGACCGGAUGGAUGCAAUGAGCAUAUUGGAUGUCGAAAGCCCAGUCGCGUCGCCCGCUGCGGUAGCGGAUGGUGCUAUCAGCCCGUAUGCCGAUAGUCCGGUGGUUACGCCCUUGGAACGGGUCCCGGAACGGAUUGUUUGAGGGUCGGCAGAAUGAAGGGGUCUUGGCGAGAACGCAACGAAUAUAAGAAGCAAUUGGAUAUUUGACCAUCUUGGCCAUCAGAUACCGGCCGCGCUCGGAACGGGCUGGCAAUAUACGACACGUGCAUCUACGGGCAGUUUCCUUCAUCAAACAUGCCGCCUACAACAUGGAUGACCCCAAGACCCUCACAAGAUGCGCAACCGCAGCAACAUCCUCCCUCACGGUGGCGAUGCAAUGUACAAACACGCGGAGAAUUCAUUGAUAGUGCUCGCACGAGAAAGCCCACCAAGAUGCCCACUUGAUAUACGAGUCUAGAUUCCACGACAUCGCUCCGUGAAACCCUUCCCCUCCUUGCAAAUCCAGAUUGGGUUCAUGUCGUGAUGGACAUACCAGCCAGUCAUGCCGUCAGAUUUUCCGCAGAUUCAAAGGGUCCGUGUUCCGGUGACACGGCAGAUGUUUUACACUGCCGUUCCGACCCUACCCCCCGUGUUGCUGUCGCGUAUCUCCAUUCGACGAUCAAUUCGCCUUAUGAUGCUACGUCCCCUCAAAAACGCCUCCCUGUCGCAGCCCAGGCAGCCACAACCUCGUGGCACUCAUGUCUCACAAAGUCGCAAGGAAGGGAAAAAAUCUCGCCGUCAACCCUUCCCUUUUCUUCCUGCCCGUGAUGCGCUCGGGAUGCUGCAUCUUUGCUACAUCCUGUAAUCUGCCUAGGGCAAUUUGCCUAGGAGGCACUCCAGGCUAGCUGCACACAAAGUGUGUAACCGCUAGGGUUCAUCCCGUAUCAAGUA